AAACAGCCUUUUCGACCGUACCAGCUGUGUGUGCGCUGCUGUGCUGCUUCUUCGUCUGGUCUUACACCUGGAAACAUGCUGCUAUUCGCUCUGAGACAGCUCACACGGCCGCUGUGCCAGCGAGUCCCUGCUUGUCUCAGUGCACGUGCCCACCAGUCUCACGCUGCCACCCGUGCAGCGGAUGAAGAUCGUCCUUGGACGGGUCAGGAGAGCCUGGCUCAGGAUGACCCCGAGAUGUGGAAUCUGCUGCAGAAGGAGAAGGACAGGCAGUGCCGUGGUUUGGAGCUCAUUGCAUCUGAGAAUUUCUGCAGCCGUGCCGCUCUGGAAGCUCUCGGCUCCUGUCUUAACAACAAAUACUCUGAAGGCUACCCAGGAAAAAGGUAUUAUGGUGGAGCAGAAGUGGUUGACCAAAUUGAGCUGCUCUGUCAGAAGCGAGCUCUGGAGGCCUUUGACCUGGAUCCAGCUCAGUGGGGCAUCAACGUCCAACCGUACUCUGGCUCUCCUGCCAACUUUGCCAGUUACACCGCUGUACUCAAUCCCCACGAUCGUAUCAUGGGCCUGGACCUGCCUGAUGGUGGACAUCUGACUCACGGCUACAUGUCUGAUGUGAAAAGAAUCUCUGCAACCUCAAUCUACUUUGAGUCAAUGCCUUACAAGCUAAAUACUGCAACAGGACUUAUAGACUACGACCAGAUGGAGAUGACGGCCAAGCUGUUCCGGCCCAAGCUCAUCAUCGCUGGCACCAGUGCCUAUGCCCGGCUCAUUGACUAUGCCCGCAUCAAGAAGCUGUGCACCAACAUCAAUGCCUACUUGCUUGCUGACAUGGCUCAUAUUAGUGGCCUGGUGGCAGCCAAAGCCAUCCCCUCGCCCUUUGAACAUGCUGACCUGGUCACCUCCACCACGCACAAGUCCCUCCGUGGAGUAAGGGCUGGUCUCAUCUUCUAUCGGAAGGGUGUUCGCUCAGUUGACAAAAAGGGAAAGGAAAUCAUGUACGACCUCGAGGACAGGGUCAACUUUUCCAUCUUCCCCUCCCUGCAGGGUGGACCUCAUAACCAUGCCAUUGGUGGUGUAGCAGUGGCGCUCAGACAGGCACAGUCCCCCCUGUUUAAGGAGUAUAUUGACCAGGUGCUAAAGAAUGCCAAGGCUAUGGCUGCAGCUCUUCUCAGCAAAGGCUACACUCUGGUAUCAGGUGGGACCGACAACCACCUGGUCCUCGUGGACCUGCGACCUAAGGGUAUUGAUGGUGCUCGAGCUGAGAGGGUGCUUGAGCUUGCAUCAAUCACCGCCAAUAAGAAUACCUGCCCCGGAGACAAGAGCGCCCUGACGCCUGGUGGCCUCAGACUUGGUGCUCCAGCCCUGACCUCGAGACAGUUCAAAGAAGCCGACUUUGUGCAAGUUGUCGAGUUCAUGGAUGAGGGUUUCAAGAUUGCCUUGGAUGUCAAGAAAAAGACAGGAAAGCUCCAGGACUUCAAGAACUUCCUUCUUCAGGACCCAGAAACGGUGGCUCGCAUCGCAGAUCUGCGCCAUCGUGUUGAAGCUUUUGCCAGGCCCUUUCCCAUGCCAGGGUUCUCCGACCAUUAGCCCAUCCACUGUGGACCCACGGGUCUAUCACAGCCAGAUGGCAGAAGUGUGGAUGGAGUGAAAUGAGGCUGGAGCCUGUGAACUGAAAUGGCUUGAGUUCACUUUUCCAAUCAUAAAUGGGAAAUAAUUUUUAUACUGCUUUGCAGUCACGAGUCGGUCAUCUGUUUGGGUAAAAAUAUAGCUUCCAUGUUGAGUUAAAUAAACAAUCAAAUGUGACAGAUUUUCUAGAGCAGAACAACAUAUUUUCUAUUGUGUGUGUGUGAAGAUUUUCUUCUUCACAUGAUUUCUUAACAAAAGUGUGUGGAAGAAAAAAUUAGCAACAGUCAGUGUCACAGUCUGUGGCUUGGUAAGUGCAUGAUUAGUUACUGUAAUAAGAUGCACGGAGUCUUACUUCAUUUGAGAGUCUUAACUAACGUCAUUAAUGUCAUUUCAAUGUGAACGGGUGUGCUGGACUUUUUUGUGGAAAAGAGGGGAUCGGAAAUUACACCAAGAUCUUAAUAUAUUUUAAUAUACUAUAUCUUAAAUAUGCAACACUACAAACUGCUUUUAUAAUAAGUUUGAGAUGCAUGUUGUCGUCAUUUGGCACUGCUUUUCUUCCAGCAUAUCAUAGACGCAGGUUAAAAUUUCUCUAUAUUUUAUUAUGUCAGAAUAAUUCUAAAUAACCAAAUGGAAUCGUAAAUAGCAUUCCUUAUUAAGUCAUACCUUUGGUCUGUUUACAAAGAGAAAUCUUUUCUAUGUGUUAUUUAAAAAGUAUUAAUUGUCAUGUCGUUUCAAUCCAUUUUCCUUUAUUUUAUUACAAGAAGGAUUUUGUACUGCUGAUGUGGGUUGUUUUUUUUUCCACUGUGGCUUUUGUGUGAUAUAAAGUGAAAAACUGAAAAUCAAGCUGCUUCAGACUUUGUUGCACAUUUGGUUUAAAGACUGUUCUCAGUACAGUGAAAAGAAACGAGUUGUCUCGUUCAACAAUUAAGAACUGGAUGUUAGAAAUUACGUGGUACUUUUUCUUUGAACAAAUGCAAAUAAAUGAUCCACAUCACAAUUCAGCCAAAAUACAUUUUACUACAGUGUUCCCAAAUCUCUGAUCUUUGCUGUACACAAAGGUUUGAACCAACCUUUUACACAUUUUACUAAUAAAGUCCAGUA